AUGGCUAAAGGUUAUAAAUUAAAAGAGCUACUAGCUCAUCAAAAGGAAGUUGAAAAACAAGACAAAAUUGAACAGGAAAAGCUUAGCAAGAAAAAUGAACAUUUAAAGAAAGCUGAGCCAAAAGUUGUUAACAGUGAAGAUGUUAAAAAAUCAGCAAUCAAAAAAGCUAUAACUAUGGAGCCUGUUAAGGAUACCGAAGAGUAUGAAAGUAAUGCUUUAUCUCACAAAGAAAAGAGAAAGUUGAAGAAGCAAUUGAAAAAGAUGAGUGAAUUAGAUACCAAGAAAGAAAAAGAAGAAAAGGAAAAUAUUGAAGAACAAGAUGACGAUGAAAUUGAAGAAGAAGAUGAUGAUGAAGAAAAGAGAUUAGAUUUGGAAAAAUUAUCCAAGAGUGAUUCUGAAUCUGAAUCUGAUGAUGAUGAUGAAGAAGAAGACGAUGAAGAAGCUGAAAAAGAGUCUGAAUCUGCUGAAGAAGAAGAAGAAGAAGAAGAAGUAGAAGAUGUACCAUUAUCCGAUGUCGAAUUUGAUUCUGAUGCUGAUGUGGUUCCACAUCACAAAUUAACCAUCAACAACACUAAGGCAAUGAAGAAUGCGUUAGAACGUAUCCAAUUACCAUGGAAAAAGCAUUCUUUCCAAGAACAUCAAACUAUUACAUCCAAGAGCAAUACUGAUGAAGGUAUUAAAGAUAUUUAUGAUGACACUGAAAGAGAAUUAGCAUUUUAUAAACAAUCUUUGGAAGCCGUUCAAGAAGCUCGUGAAGAAUUGAAUAGAUUAAAGGUACCAUUUAAGAGACCAUUAGAUUAUUUUGCUGAAAUGGUAAAGAAUGAUGAACAUAUGGACAAGAUUAAAGGUAAGCUAGUUCAAGAAGCUAGUGAAAAGAAAGCCCGUGAAGAAGCUAGAAGACAAAGAAACUUAAAGAAAUUCGGUAAGCAAGUUCAAGUUGCUACUUUACAGAAGAGACAAAUAGAAAAGAGAGAUACAUUAGAGAAGAUUAAAUCUUUAAAGAAAAAGAGAAAGCACAGUGAAAUUGGUGGAGAAGAAUUUAAUGUUGGUAUUGAAGAAGCUGCCGCAAGUGAGGAAAGUAAUAAUCGUUUCAAAAGAGCCAAAGCUAAUAGUAAAAGAGAAAAUAAAAAUACUAAAUAUGGUUUUGGUGGUAUGAAAAGAUUUAAGAGAAAGAAUGACGCUGAAUCCUCUAUGAACAUUACUGGUUUUUCACAAAGAAAGAUGAAAGGUAAAAGUGUCAGACCAGGUAAGAGUAGAAGACGCUGA